AGUUACACUAUAAUAGAGUUACUCUAUUUUUGUGUAAAUUAUAGAGGAAAAAAUAGAGUGCCCUUGGAGAUGGUCUAAGUAAGUUGCGGUUCUUGGUUUUGAUUCUUAGUAACUACAAUCUUUUUCCUUUUUCCUUGUUUUAAAAUUUGUUCCGGCCUAAAUUUUUUUUAAGCUUCCGGCCUAAUUUUUUUUUUACAAUUUUCAGGGCCGGGCCUGAGACAUAUUUAAAAAAAACUUCUGAGACAUAUAAUUAAACUCAAAAACAAGAGUUAAAAGAAAAUGGUCUUGAUAAUCUCCUUCAUUCCACCUUGAGUUUGAGAUAGCCGAUGAUUAUUUACCUUCCUAUCAUAAGAUCUUUUUGGAAAUAACGUUUACCAAUUCAUUAACUUCAAACUACGCCAAAAUCGCAAUAAUGAUUGGUAACUGCGAAUGUUUAAAAUGACAUUAUUCUACAAACUCGAUCAAGAAAAUAGUUAAGACUUUGUUUCGUUUCUCUUCAAUUUUAAGUCGGCAUGAACUAAGAUAUAUAUAUAUAUAUGUUGAUUAAAUGAAAUUCAUCUUUGUUAAAGAAUAUCUCUUGAACACUCUUUUGAUAAACUACAUCACAAAAACAUAUAAAUUAAACGAUGUGAUGAUCAUAGAAAAUCUACCUUUAGCCUUUAGGCAGGGUCAAAAUCUAACGGCCCCAACAGCCUUUAGAUUUAUGUACAAGUAAUCUCAUCUUUUCAGAUACGCUCAUUGACUUCUUAUUUUAGCCAGAUGCUUUAGACAAGCGUACUUUUCUUUAACACCCAUAUUAUAAACAACAAUUAUAUAAAAUGAAAAUUUUGUUUCUAUUAAGUCACCUUUUCGUAAAUACUGAAAUUUCCAUUUAUAAAAUAAAAAUUAAUUAACACUAAAAGUGUAUAUGCGUAUAUACGUCGUUCGUUGGUUAAUAAGAACUUCAAUUACCUCAUAUACUUCUUGAUAACGUGACGUAGCUCACCAUUGUCAUGGUAUAAUGACUAGUUCACUACCGUCAUCGAUCAAAAUUUAAAACAAUGAUGAUGCGUAAUUGGUUCUCUAAGCAACAGUUUUCUUAUGAUUUAUUCAAAGUCAAUAUACAGCUUUCGAAGACUUACCAAUUAAAUAAGAUCUAUCACAAGAUGCAUUCACACAUUUACGUAUAUAAUAUAUAUAUACAUAUUACACUUUUGUUGUCUAUCCUCUCUACAUCCCUAUAUGUAUCUUUACUUAUAAGCUUUUGCUAAACCCAAAAAAUGGAAACUAAAAUGGUUUCAAAAGCCAAAAGACUUCACUUUGUUCUGAUCCCUCUCAUGGCUCAAGGGCAUCUGAUUCCCAUGGUUGAUAUCUCCAAGCUUCUUGCGCGACAAGGCAUCAUUGUUACCAUAAUUUCAACACCUCAAAAUGCUUCUAGGUUUGAGAAGACACUUGAUAGGGCGAGAUCGGAGUCAAAUCUCGAGAUCAACGUUGUAAAAUUUCCUUUUGCUUACAAAGAGUUCGGUCUUCCCAAAAAUUGUGAGACUCUUGACACUUUGCCCUCCAAAGACCUCCUACGAAAAUUCUAUGACGCUGUGGAUAAACUUCAGGAGCCAUUAGAAAUGUUUCUUGAGGGACAAGAAACCCCUCCAAGUUGCAUAAUCUCCGAUAAAUGCUUUUCUUGGACGUCAACAACUGCUAAAAGGUUCAAAAUCCCCAGGAUUGUGUUCCAUGGAAUGUGUUGUUUCUCUCUAUUGAGUUCGCACAACGUCCAUCUUCAUAGCCCACACCUCUCGGUUACUUCAGACUUAGAGCCUUUUUCUAUACCAGGAAUGCCACAUAUGGUCGAGAUAGCUAGAGCUCAGUUACCUGGUGCCUUUCAGAAGUUAGCAAAUAUGGAUGAUGUUAGAGAGAAGAUGCGUGAAGCUGAAUCAGAAGCCUUUGGGGUGAUUGUUAAUAGCUUCCAAGAACUGGAGCCUGGCUAUGCAGAGGCUUACGCUGAAGCCAUCAAGAAGAAGGUAUGGUUAGUUGGACCCGUUUCUUUAUGUAACGAUCGUAUGGUGGACUUGUUUGAUAGAGGAAACAACUGUAACAUAGCUAUAAGCGAGACAGAAUGCUUGAAGUUUCUUGAUUCGAUGAGACCAAGGUCAGUAAUAUAUGUUUGUCUAGGUAGCCUCUGUAGGCUAAUUCCUAAUCAAUUGAUACAGCUAGGGUUAGGGUUAGAAGAAUCUGGUAAGCCCUUUAUUUGGGUGGUCAAGACGGAGGAAAAACACAUGAAUGAGAUAAAUGAAUGGAUGAAACGCGAAAUGUUCGAAGAGAGAGUUAGUGGAAGAGGGAUAGUGAUAAAGGGUUGGAGUCCUCAGGCUAUGAUACUUUCACAUGGCUCUACUGGAGGGUUCUUGACGCAUUGCGGUUGGAACUCAACGAUCGAAGGGAUAUGUUUUGGUGUACCAAUGAUCACAUGGCCAUUGUUUGCUGAACAGUUUCUCAAUGAGAAACUUGUUGUGGAGGUAUUAAAGGUUGGGGUUAGGGUUGGGGUGGAGAUCCCGGUGAGAUGGGGAGACGAGGAAAGACUUGGAGUGUUGGUCAAGAAACAUAAUGUUGUGAAAGCUAUAAAGCUUUUGAUGGACGAAGAUUGUCAGCAUGCAACUGAAGAUGAUGAUGAUAGUGAAUUCUUGAGACGUAGGACACGUAUUCAAGAACUUGCAGUAAUGGCGAGAAAGGCUGUGGAACUGAAAGGAUCUUCGAGUAGUAAUGUUUCAUCCUUAAUCCAAGAUGUCUUAGACCAAUUGAGUCUCGAAUAGAACAGUCUAAGUUAUUAUAUAAUAACGAAAGGACAUCUUGAUCUUGUUUAGAACAAGAAAAGUUGCAAUAUUGCUACAUGAAAAUGUUCAGAAGUAAGAUAUUUAUUUUCUAACAUAUAUUUUAGAACUAUUAUUUACGAAAUGAUUUUUCGCAUUCGAGCUCUCACGUUAUAAGUUAAAUCGGUAAAUAUUGUUUAUACCCUUAAUGAAUAAAAUAUAUAAAUUAGUUAAAAUAAUAACGAAUUUGAAUUUUUUUUAAAUAAUAUAAGUGGUUAAAAUUAAUAAUAAGAACUAUCAAAAAUAUAAAUAUAUUUUAAAAUAAAAAGAGAAUUCCUAUAAAUAUGUGUUGUUAUUUAAAAUAUAUAUUUUAAUAAAAAAAAUUCAAAAACACAAAACACAAAACAAAGUAUUAACGAAGUAAAAUUCUUAUUUUUAUAUAAUUGAAAGAUAAUAUUGAGUGAUUUCUAAGACUAAUUUAUUAGUGAUGAAUAUAGUAUACAAAGAAAUUUUUAAAAAUUAUAAUACGUAAUAAUUUUCAAAAGAAAACAUAAACCAUAAUUUAUCAUUAUCAUCUCUUAAUUAAUAACUAGAGAUUGAUUCGCGCAUCCACGCAUGUAUUGGUUCUUACAUUUUUACACAUUAAUAUUUAUUUUUUAUAAUUAGAAUUAUAUAUUUUAGAUGAGUUGUAAUAUAACUAAUUGUUUUCAAAAGACUUGGACCGAAUCAGAUAAUAUGGUUAUUUUUGGUACAAAUAUUCAAAACAAUUUGAUACAUUUAUUAUUUAGAUAUUUUUAGGUUCAUAUACAUCAGAACCAUACUCAUCCAGACCCAUAGAAGGACUCAACUCAAAACCCACACAUAAAUUUAUAAUAUUCAAGCUAGGCCUAAUUUCAAACAAAAAAAAUUAUAUCCGGAAAAAACAACCCAUACCUAAAUAAUAGUCAAUGUUCAUGCCUAACUGAUUUUAUAAACUAAUAAAAAAAGACUUUUUUAUGUAUUUGACUAAAUUAAGUGAAAUAAAAAGAGUUUUUUUAUUUAGUAAUGUAAUUAUAUUGAGUGAAAAGUUAAGUGACAGUAAAUGUAAUAUAUUUUUAUUAUUUUGGUUUAAAUUAUUAUUUUAUUCACAAAAACAUGUCUUUGAAUUAUGUUUUUAGCUACGCAAUCUUCCACUGAUUGAAACUAAAAUAAUUGUUUUUAGUAAAACAAACUAAAUCAAACGUUUAAUCACAUGCAAAAUUCAGUUAUUUUACAUUUUUGAUUUCAUAAUU